UCGCCAACACCAAGUCAAACUCGCCCCACCAGCCACUCUACAUUCCUCAGCAAUGGCCCGCACGAAGCAAACCGCUCGCAAGUCUACUGGUGGCAAGGCGCCCCGCAAGCAGCUCGCUGCCAAGUCGCAGGCGCGCAAGACUGCCGCCGCCGCUGGUGGUGUUAAGAAGCCGCAUCGCUUCCGGCCUGGUACCGUCGCUCUCCGUGAGAUUCGUCGGUACCAGAAGUCGACGGAGCUCCUCAUCCGCAAGCUCCCCUUCCAGCGUCUCGUCCGCGAAAUAGCGCAGGACUUCAAGACGGACCUCCGCUUCCAGUCCUCCGCCGUCAUGGCACUGCAGGAGGCCGCCGAGGCCUACCUCGUCUCCCUCUUCGAGGACACCAACCUGGCUGCCAUCCACGCCAAGCGUGUCACCAUCCAGCCAAAGGACCUUGCCCUCGCCCGCCGAUUGCGCGGUGAGCGGUCAUAGACGCGUCGGUCGUAUGCCUUGAUGCUUCGGCCGUUCUCCCCUCUAUUCCUCACUACCUUAUCGUUCUGUACACUACUGUAUAUUAUCUUCUGUACCCCAGGGUUAUGGCUCGUAUGCCUAUGACAACGCAUAUGCAUUGACUGGCACAAACCUUUCGUUGAAGCCUGAAGCCAACCCUCCGAAGCUUUGAGCUUGCAAGUUACCUGCCAAGCCUUCGACGUUCUGGCCUUACAUAUAUGAGGACGCUGUGUCCAUGUUCUGCUCCAAACGCGAAUUCUGGAAGC